UCAAUACAAUUAUUAUUGAGCCGUCUGAGACUCUCACAAGACCUACUCUGUUGGAGAAUUUGUGAAUGCAAUAAAAGUCAAGUCAUUCUAACACUCCCUAAACUAAAGAGAGAAUUCCAUUGAAUUGGUAGAUCCAUCGUUUCAUCUUCAAAUCGUCCAGGGAGUGACCUGAGAUCCAGAACACAAUUCCAUUUUACAUCUCGCAAUCAUGUGGAGAAGGCUUGUUUUCUCUCAAAUCAAAACCCUUGCUUCCUCAUCACCUUCCAUUCUUAAAUCUUCAUAUUCUUCUCGUCUUCCUGCUACCUCUUUUUGUUCUUCUUUUCUCUCUCGCCGUUUCUCCACCGAUUCUGAAAUUUCCAAGAAAUCUGUUGAAGAUGUAAUGCCUAUUGCUACUGGUCAUGAGCGUGAAGAGAUUGAAGCUGAGCUUCAGGGAAAGGAUAUUCUGGAGAUUAAUUACCCUGUGGGUCCUUUUGGUACCAAGGAAAAUCCUGCUAUUGUCAAGUCAUACUAUGACAAAAGAAUUGUUGGAUGUCCCGGAGGUGAAGGAGAGGAUGAACAUGAUGUUGUCUGGUUUUGGCUGGAGAAAGGCAAGUCGUACGAGUGUCCUGUGUGCACACAGUACUUCAAGUUGGAAGUUGUUGGCCCUGGGGGUGACCCUGAAGGACAUGAUGAUGAUGAACACCACCAUUGAUUGCAGUGUACUGUUGUAAUGACGAAAUAAGAUUUUGAUGAGACACUUUGAUAAGGUCUAUGAAAGUGAUUGCUGCUGUUUUGCAGUUGAAAAAUGUAAAAGCUUGUUUGUUUUGAUUUUGAUUUUGAUGGAUCGUGGAUUCUUAAUGGAUGCCUGCUGAUCACAUUUUAGUAUGAUGCUCUAAAUUUGAGAGAAAUACGACAAAGAUGUUUCUUCGACAAUCCUUUGCUUAUUGGAAGUUUAAAGAUCAUUCACUUUUCUUCA